AUGAGUUCAGCCUACGCGUAUCCAGGUUAUACAAAUGUGUCUACUCCGUCAGAAAGUAUAAUUCCGCAACAGCCGCCAAGGACGUACCGACUUGAGGUAGCUCAACAACCAAUAAGAGCCAGAAUGUGUGGGUUUGGUGAGAAAGACCGGAGACCAAUCGAUCCACCACCUGUAGUUCGUCUUAUCAUGACCACAUCCGAUGGCAAGCCCAUCCCUGAAAGUUCCGUCGAUCCCUCAAUGUUCGUUGUUCAUGCGGGACUGUGGUCCAAUAACCGCAAAGAAGAACGUAGUCUUGUAAUUAACCCAUCUUCUAUACCAACUCAGUCGACAGGGCCUUCCUCAACCGUCAUGUCGCUGAACGGCCCGACUUGUACCCGCAAUCUCAUGGGAUCGUUGACUUCGUCGGCGUACACUCUUACUAACCAGCACGGUCAGCAAGGGAUUUACUUUGUAUUCCAAGAUCUUUCCGUAAGAACUGAGGGUACUUUUACCCUAAAAUUUCAAUUUGCUGACAUCAGUCAGUUGGUGAAACGUGGAGGACCUCAAAGUCAGGUCCGUGUCGAGGCUGAAGUUUAUAGCGAAUCCUUCACUGUCUACUCUGCAAAGAAAUUUCCCGGCAUGACCGAGUCAACAGAACUUUCAAAAGCGUUUGCCAAACAAGGAAUAAAAAUUCCUAUUCGUAAAGAAACCAGGUAUCGUAGGCCUCAUGAUGAUGUACGCCGGGUUUUGGAAGGCUCCAACCCCGGAGUUACUUCACUCCCCGUAUCAGAUCAUGAUGUUGACAAGUCAGAUAAUGGAGAAGAGAAAGGCGCUGAUUACGACAGUGAAAACGAUGACGAUGUCGAUGAAAAUAAUCGAUCUUCAAUUAAGCACAGAGCGAAUUGA